GGAUGACUCUGGUCGGUGGCGAUAGCGGCAGUACCAGUGACGGCAGCAACACGUAGUAGCAGUCAACGGUGUCCAGGCAGCGCAACGCUUAGGAGGCAUACAGAACAUCGAGAUCCGACGCGCUGAUUACGGUGCAUCACGCAGCCGCGUUACGGAGCGGAUCUCCUAUCCGCAGCAUCCUCCUCGUUGAGCGUCGCCGCGGCUACGUAAGCGGAUAAUUAUCAACCGGAAAUACGUUAGGAAGUCAAUCAAGCUUGAUCCUUUGCUUGGUAUCCUUGUGGCAGAAUGAAGCUAUGCUGGAGUUUGGCUCUCGUGGCCGUCGCCUUGUUGAUGAUUCUUACGAAUGCGCGAGCGGAAGCUGAUCUGUGGGAGGAGGAUGACAAAGAGGUGCUUGUACGAACAGUACGUGGUACUAAGGAACGAACAUCCGGCAGCUCCUCAUCGUGCAGAUAUGUAAAGGGUCAAUGGUCGGAAUGCGACUCAAAUACCAACACACGGUCGCGCACUCUGAGCCUCAAGAAGGGCGACAAAUCCUGCGAGCAGACCAAGACUAUACAGAAGAAAUGUAAGAAAGCAUGUCGAUACGAGAAAGGCACGUGGAGCGGAUGCGCGAAUCAGAUGAUGACGAGAAUCGAUAAUUUGAAAGCGAACAGCGAUACAUCCUGCGAGAAGACGCGACGGCUCACCAAGAGGUGUAAACCAGAGACCAAUACCAAGAAAUCUGCCAAAGGUGAUCGAUCGAACAAGAAAUCGGGCAAGCAGUAAUUAUCCGCCAUACAAUCUCCAAUA